AUUCUACGUGGACAAUGUUCCAAUCAGAGAGGUGAAGCGAACAUCAUCAGUGGGCGGUGACUUCCCGUCGAAGCCAAUGUCUCUCUACACAACAAUAUGGGAUGUUUUUUAGAUGGGCAACUAACGGUGGCAAGUACGGUGUAAACUACAAAUAUGCCCCUUACAUCGCACGGUUCUCUGACCUAGUCCUGCAUGGCUGCGCCGUGGACCCGAUCGAGCAGUUUCCCAAGUGCGACGAAGGGGCCAUCGAGUAUAUCCGUGCGGCCCAGGAGAUUAGCCCAUCAGAGAGGGCUAAAAUGGAGGUUUUUAGGCGUAGACACAUGACUUACUCGUAUUGCUAUGAUCGGACCAGGUACAAGGUUUCUUUGCCGGAGUGCGUUGUGAAUCCAGCAGAGGCUCAGCGGCUUAGGGUUUAUGAUCCAGUCACGUUUGGUGGGAUUCCGAGGCGCCACCGCAGAGGAAAGCACCGGAGCAAGAGAAGCCGUACGGAUGGAACAGUGUCGACAUGAUUGAUUGUACAUUGUCAUUAU